UCAUAUUUUAGCCCAGUCGCCCUCUGCGUUCGCCUGAUUCCCCAGUUGCGCCUAGCGUCCUGUCCUCUAUUGAGGUCUUUUGUUCUUCAGGGCCACCUUCUUGAGCUUCUCGAUCGUUGACUUGCUCUGCGACCCGGUCGAUCUCCUUCGUGCGGGCUCAGAUAGUUUGCCGGCAAACUCCAGUCAAGCGCGAAGACAACCCCCUCCACCCUCCACCACGCGCCCGACCUGUAUGCAACAUCCUCGGCAACCGAGUGCGGAGUUCCUAUCCAUUCGAUCUUUAGCAAGCUUCACCACCUUUCAAUUAUCAACUGGCGUCUGAUUACCGGAAACAACAAAGGUUUAGCUACGGGGAAGACAAGCUUUGUCAGUAUGGGGGAAUCUGCCCAGCGCCAGUCCUCGGGACUGGGAUCGGUCUGGAAACACCUCUCUUGGGCACUGUUGACCGCACAGUGCACGGCAUUUGUCUUGUUAUUACAUUACUCCAGAGUGAUGCCGCCCGCUGGCGGUAAACGAUACCUCACGUCCACUACUGUGUUUUUCAAUGAGGUUGCUAAGCUAGCAAUCUCCCUGACCAUGGCGCUAUACGAAGUCUCGAAGACAGCCCCUCCUUCGGUGCCCGCAACCUCCCUUUUCUUCUCCCUCACAACUGCCAUAUUCUCGGGCGACAGCUGGAAACUUGCGAUUCCCGCUUGCCUCUACACGCUCGCCAAUUCGCUGCAGUAUAUCGCACUGUCGAAUCUGCAACCAGCGACCUUCCAGGCAUCAUACCAGUUGAAACUGUUCGUCGUGGCCAUAUUCAGUCUGGGGCUGCUCAAGAGGUCUAUCCCGUUGCGUAAGUGGGGUCUGCUAGUCCUGCUCUUGGCCGGCGUUGCCUUGGUGCAGAUGCCCACUGGUAACCCUGAUGACAUGGCCUUCCAUGAUGAGACCGCACGUCUUGCUUUCCCGCGGUCCCUGGAGGAGUGGAAAGCUGCAAAGCUAGGACGUGAGAAUCUACAUAAGCGUUCCGCGACUUACGAGGGGAUUGAGGAGGACAUGAUGACCGCCAACCCUAGGUUAAAUGCUGCAGUCGGUCUCCUGGCCACGAUUGGCGCCUGUCUCGCUUCCGGUCUUGCAAGUGUGUAUUUUGAAAAAGUGCUCAUGGACAGCGCAAAGUCGACAUCGCUUUGGAUUCGCAAUGUGCAAUUGGCCGUGUAUUCCAUCUUCCCCGCACUUUUCAUUGGCGUCGUCUUUUUGGAUGGCGAGAAGGUUGCAGCCAAUGGCUUCUUUGAGGGCUAUAACUGGGUUGUUUGGACUACCGUUCUUGUGCAGGCCAUUGGUGGUAUCGCAACAUCGUUUUUCAUUGGUUAUGCACACCGAGAUUCGAAGAACGUGGCCAUGGCCACUAGCAUCGUUCUCACGACGUUGGCCAGCGUUUGGCUCUUCGACUUUGAACUCACUGCCAAUUUUCUCCUUGGAUCUUUCGCAGUACUAGUGGCUACCUGUCUUUGCGAAGAUUCUGGAUCCGCUCAGGCCAAACGCCAGGUACUCCGUCCGCCUCCGAUCCGCGUGGAUCGGUAUGAGAAAGAAAGCAAGAGCGGUGAAGCUUCGCCGGCAUCCCCAUCGCCUGAUGAGAUCUCUAUCAAGCUCCCUGGCACGCCAUUCCUGUCUGAUGCUGGGCUCUCCACGUCCAGGCCAACGUCACCGGGUCAUGCACGCGCCGGCCGGACCCCUAGCGGUGGUUAUUUCGACAAGCACUUGCGAGAUCACUGAGCCACUUAUGCGGAUGUCCUUUCGCAUUUAUCGCGUGAAUAUCCUUCGCGUUGCUGUAUCAUGUUCACUGGGAAGUAAAUAAGGAUGGAUAGAAGCGAUGAGCCACUUUCGUCUUCGUCGUAUAUGUCUCAAUUUCUUGUACUUUAUUACUCUUUUCUUUUCGUCGUCGAUUCUUUUCCAAUCGCAAUCCCUCAGCCCAUGGCUCGACUCCAAUUCAUAUAUAGUCGAAAUCGAACUGCAAAACCGUUAAAACACUC